ACGCCAGCUUCGAUUCCACGUCUUUUAUGCGUGCUCGUCCUCGCCUACCUUUUGGGCACGCGCACGCCUUCCUCGCCAGCGUCGCCGUACUACCGCCACGCUCGCGCUGAGAUUCUCACCAAGCAAAAUGGCGGCCUCUUCUUCAUCCUCUUCAGCCGGUGGCGUUAGUGGGAGUUCUGUAACUGGAUCCGGAUUCAGUGUCUCAGACCUUGCCACGCCGCGGAAAGCUCUCUUUACCUACCCCAAAGGAGCUGGGGAAAUGCUAGAAGAUGGCUCGGAGAGAUUCCUUUGUGAAUCAGUUUUCAGCUACCAGGUUGCAUCUACAUUAAAGCAAGUGAAACAUGAUCAGCAAGUUGCUCGGAUGGAAAAACUUGCUGGUUUAGUUGAAGAACUGGAAGCAGAUGAAUGGAGGUACAGGCCCAUAGAACAGCUUCUGGGGUUCACUCCUUCGUCGGGUUAAAAGUCUGCAGUUUGUUGUUGCAGAAAAAUAAAGCACUUGCAUAACUCUGGUCUAAAGCACUUGGAUACUCUCCCAGCAAUGUGGUAAAGAAUAAUCUAUGGUGGAUGUUUCUGUUAUCAGAUCCAGUGAAUUGCAACCGCACAAGAGUUUUGCAAAACCUUUUCAGAGCAGCCUUUGUUUCAGGAGGGUGUGAUUUCUGUAACUAAGAAGCUGCAAUCUGUUUUGGAAAAGAAUCUGUUUGGCUGAAGUGAGAGUUUUGUUAAGCUCUCUUGAACGGCAAAAGUGGAUGCAUGCUCCAAGCACAUCAGUGUAAAGCAUCCAGAGUGAGAGGCUUGCAGGAUUAAUUCAUCAAGAGGACUAUUGCCCUGCCGGAGAAAUGACUGCUGACACCAAGAGCUACUUCUCAGUUCAUUUUCAAGCCCUGCAAGAGUAUGAAUCUUGUAGUCUUUGUUUGUGAGGCAAUGAGAAGGGGGCGAUGAAAGUGAAGGGCUGCACAUUAUCUUGUAAUAAGCACUCCAGAGGAAGUAGUAGAGCUAAUAAAGCAGGGAGAUCAAAUUCCUCUGCGUUCUUCUUCUUGUCUCUUCUGCUGUCUCUUUGUUCACUUAGAGUGCUACUCUCAGGGACUUCCUUUCUUCCAGCUGACUCCUUCUCUUUCCACUUCUUUGCAGUAGUCUCCAUGAGGGCAAGGUGUGUUCAUCUGUCCUAGCCUAGAUGGGCAGAGAGAAUGCCUGCUCUUUCCUUCCUAUGAUAGUAUGGAGUUCCUUAACAAUAAAGGACAUCCUUUUUCUCUGAAAA